UUAUUACGGUGAUGGACAAGCUGCGGCUGGAGAUCCGUGCCAUGGAUGAGAUCCAACCGGACCUGCGCGAGCUGAUGGAGACCAUGAACCGCAUGAGCCACCUUCCUCCAGAUUUCGAGGGUAGAGAAAAAGUCAGCCAGUGGUUGCAGAAGCUCAGCAGUAUGUCGGCGUCGGAUGAACUCGAUGAUUCUCAAGUCCGUCAGAUGUUGUUUGAUCUGGAAGCUGCAUACAACGCCUUCAACCGAUUCCUUCAUUCCUAAUGCGAGGAGCCCUGACCACCGUUAUCCUA